CCAUCCCAGACGUCCCACGUCCCCCGUCGCCGCCCCAAUUGACGUCGUCGUCGCGAAUCCCGCCUCUGCCACCACCACCGCCUCCCCCCCCGACAAUUGGCGAGCAAGAUGACGCCCUUCCUCCUGCGCGCCUCCCUGCGGACGGCCUCGCGCGCCGCCGGCCGCCGCGUCCAGGCCCGCGCCAUGUCCGUCACGGCCUGCCGACCGAGCGACACCCUCCAAGUGCACCGGAAUAGCGCCAACAACAACCCCGACAUCCCCUUCAAGUUCAACAAGCAAAACGAGACGGUCAUCGCCGAGAUCCUCAAGCGGUACCCGGAGCAGUACAAAAAGGCCGCCGUCAUGCCCCUGCUCGACCUCGGCCAGCGCCAGCACGGCUUCACCAGCAUCAGCGUCAUGAACGAGGUCGCCCGCCUGCUCGAGAUGCCCCCGAUGCGCGUCUACGAGGUCGCCUCCUUCUACACCAUGUACAACCGCACCCCGGUCGGCAAGUUCUUUGUCCAGGCCUGCACCACGACCCCCUGCCAACUAGGCGGCUGCGGCUCCGACGCCAUUGUCAAGGCCAUCACCUCCCACCUCGGCAUCAAGCAGGGCGAGACCACCGCCGACGGCCUCUUCACCUUCAUCGAGGUCGAGUGUCUCGGCGCCUGCGUCAACGCCCCCAUGAUCCAGAUCAACGACGACUACUACGAGGACCUCACCCCCGAGACCACCGUCGCCCUGCUCAAGGCCCUCAAGGAGAGCGCCUCCGCCGUCGGCUCCUCCUCCGCCUCCGCAAAGGUUCCCGCCCCGGGCCCGCUUACCGGCAGGCAGACGUGCGAGAAUAGCAACGGCCAGACGAACCUGUUGGAAGAGCCGUGGGGCGCCGAGAAGACGAGGUCGGACCUGUAGAAGGGGAGACACUGUGCUGUUGGAGCAAGGUAAACGUAAAGGAUGCGGGAGGGAGGAGACGUGCAUGGGGUCAUGAAAUCGGCUACGAAGAGCGCCGACUUCAUUGUACAUAACAUUGUUAAAAUACCACCAGGUAUAGACGAGGU